UUGGCGCGGGCGGUGGCGCGGGCGGUUAAGCGGCAGGCAAAAGCGGCGCAAGGAGCUAGUGUAUAUGAAGAAGAAGAGUAUCUUUUGGCUUUGAUUUUAAAAGAAAAUGUAGUGGAUGAAUCACAAUGCAAAAAAAGUUUAGAAAAAUACUGCGAAGAGUUGAAAAAAGCAUCACUAGAUAUGGAGAAAGUACAUAAAAUGCUUAAAGAUUUCUGUGGAAAUGGGAAAGCAAGUAAAGCAAAUACAAAAUGUCAAGGUCUACAAGCCAAAGUUAUGAGGAAAUGUACAAAUUUUAAAACACAAAAGCUAGAACAAGCGGUAAAGAAUCCAUCAGAUGAUAAUUGCAAAGAGAGUGAACGACAAUGCCUAUUUUUGGAGGGUGCAUGCCCUAGUGUUCUUAUAGAGGAUUGCAACAAACUAAGGAAUCUAUGUUACCAAAAAAAGCGUGACAAAGUAGCAAAAGAAGUUCUUUUGAGGGCACUUCAUGGGAAUAUUGAAAAUGAAAAUAAAUGCAAAGAAAAACUUAAAAAGAUUUGCCUAGAAUUAAGUCAAGAAAGUGAUGAAUUAACAAUGUUGUGUCUUGAUCAACAAACAACAUGCGACAAAUUUGUAUCAAAAAAAAAAGAAAAAUGUACUGAUAUAGAAACAAGUAUUAAAACAGCACUCAAUAAGAACGAAUUAAAAACAAAAUGUCUAUUAUUACUUGAGAAGUGCUAUUUUUACAGAGGGAACUGCGAAGGAGACAAAUUAAAGUGCAAGUCUCCAAAUAAAGACUGCGAGGACUAUCUACCAAAGUGUGAUGAAUUGGGAGAGAAAUGUCAAGAACAAAAUAUUGUUUAUAUACCACCAGGACCCGAUUUUGAUCCAACUAAACCAGAGCCUACAGUAGCAGAAGACAUAGGGCUGGAAGAGCUUUAUAAAAAGGCCGAAAAAGAAGGUGUUCAUAUCGGAAAGCCUCCUGUAAGAGACGCAACUGCUUUGCUGGCACUUUUGAUUCAGAAUUCAGGUAAUACUCAAGUGGAGGAAAAAUGCAAAAAAGUUCUUGAAAAUAAGUGUAAAGAGUUAAAAGAACAUGAGGUUUUAGGAGAUUUAUGUAAUGACAGUGGUACUAUUGGAAAAAAUGGUACUGAAAAGUGUAAAAAGCUACAGGAUGAGCUAGCAAACAGUACUAAAAUUCUUUCUGCAAAAAUUGGAGCUAAACAUUUUGUCUCAAUCGGACAAAAUAACAUUGUUAGUUGGAACAAGUUGACAACAUUUAUUACUGAAGAAGAAUGUAUAAGGUUACAAUCAGACUGCUUUUAUUUUGCUCAAGAUAAAGGUCCUCUUGAGAAAGGAUGCAAGAAUAUUAAAGCAGCAUGUUAUAAGAAAGGAGUUGAAGCAUUAGCUAAUGAAGCAUUGCAGAGUAAGAUGUAUGGACUAUUUCGUGGUUCAGGCAAAGAAUGGUUUAAGAAGCUACUGGAUAAAAUAAUGGAUGAAUGUUCGGGACUUAAAACAACAAGCGAUGAGCUGUUUUUACUAUGUAUUAAUCCACUUAAAGCAGUUAGAAUACUUGCAGCUGAUAUCCAAACAAGAGCUGUCUUUUUGCGGAAACAAUUGGAUCAAAAGCGAGAUUUUCCAACGGACAAAGAUUGCAAAGAAUUGGGGAGAAAGUGUGAAACUUUAGGAAAGGAUUCAAAUCAGAUUAAGUGGCCAUGUCAUACACUAAAGCAGCAAUGCGAUCGCUUAGGGACUACAGAAAUCUUGAAGCAGGUUUUACUGGAUGAACACAAGGAUACUUUGAAAGAUCAAGAAAGUUGUGUAAAAUAUCUGAAAAAAAAGUGUAAUAAAUGGUCUAGAAGAGGCGAUGACCGUUUCUCUUUUGUAUGUGUUUUCCAAAACGCUACGUGUAAGCUGAUGGUAGAUGAUGUGAAAGACAGGUGUGAAGUAUUCGAAAAAAAUAUGCAAGCAUCAGAUAUUAAUAAUUCCCUUAAAAAAAAUCAAAUAAAAACAGAAUCAGCAGCAAAUAUCUGUCCCUCAUGGCACCCAUACUGUGAUAGAUUUUUACCCAAUUGUCCUGAUCUUAAAAAAGGAAAAACUUUCUGUCAAAAUCUUAAAAAAUAUUGCGAACCAUUCUACAAAAGGAAGAUUUUAGAAGAUGCUCUUAAAGUAGAGCUUCGAGGGAAUUUAAGUAAUAGAAAUAAAUGUGAGCCUGCAUUAGAAAGAUAUUGUACAGUAUUGAAAGACGUAAAUAAUGCGUCAAUCAGCAGUUUAUGUAAAAAUAAUACGAAAAAUAAAACUGAAAAGGAUGAUGAAAAUGUUAGAAAGAAGCUUUGUCUAAAAUUAGUAGAAGAAGUGGAACAGCAGUGCAAAGUAUUACCAGCAGAACUGGAGCAUGAGGAAAAAGACCUAAAAGAUGAUUUUGAAACAUUUGAAAAACUUAAAAAACAGGCAGAGAAAACAAUGAAUAAAUCCAAUCUUGUUUUAUUAUUCGUUAAGAAAGAUGAAAAUAAUGCAUCGAAAAAUAGUAGCAAAAACAAGGAUAAGAAUACCGUUUCAAACGGACUUCAAGAUAUCACAGAACAUGUGAAAAUACUACGGAGAGGAGUUAAGGAUGUACUUGUGACAGAAUUGGAAGCCAAAGCAUUUGAUUUGGCAGCAGAAGUAUUUGGAAGAUAUGUAGAUUUGAAGGAAAGAUGUGAGAAAUUGGAAUCGGAUUGCGGGAUUAAAGACGAUUGCGAUGGUUUAAAAGAAGUGUGUGGAAGGAUUGAGAAGACAUGUCGCGAUCUGAAGCCUCUGGAGGUGAAGUCGCACGAAAUAGUCACAGAAAGCACAACGACGACCACGACGACAACAACAACCGUUACCGAUCCGAAGGCAACAGAAUGCAAAUCUUUACAGACAACAGACACAUGGGUUACACAGACAUCGACACACACAAGCACGUCUACCAUCACAUCUACGAUUACAUCAAAAAUAACACUCACAUCAACGAGGCGGUGCAAACCAACCAAGUGUACGACAGGGGAUGAUGCAGAAGACGUGAAACCGAAUGAGGGAUUGAAGAUGAGUGGGUGGAGCGUGAUGAGGGGGGUGAUAGUAGCAAUGGUUAUUUCGUUCAUGAUUUAG